UGUGUGUUACCAUGGCGAUGACUGCAGGGACUACAACAUCCUUUCCCAUGAGCAACCACACCCGCGAGAGAGUGACAGUGGCCAAGCUCACACUGGAGAACUUCUAUAGCAACCUCAUUAUCCAGCAUGAAGAGAGGGAAACCAGGCAGAAGAAGCUAGAAGUGGCAAUGGACGAAGAAGGCCUAGCAGACGAGGAGAAAAAACUGCGCAGGUCACAGCAUGCUCGCAAAGAAACAGAGUUUCUGCGACUGAAGAGAACGAGACUUGGCUUGGAUGACUUCGAAUCCUUGAAAGUUAUAGGAAGAGGAGCAUUUGGGGAGGUACGUCUUGUUCAGAAGAAGGAUACAGGUCAUAUUUAUGCAAUGAAGAUACUAAGAAAAGCAGAUAUGCUGGAGAAAGAACAGGUUGCCCAUAUCCGAGCAGAAAGAGAUAUAUUGGUUGAAGCAGAUGGAGCAUGGGUAGUGAAAAUGUUUUACAGUUUUCAGGAUAAAAGAAAUCUAUACUUAAUCAUGGAGUUUUUACCUGGAGGUGACAUGAUGACCUUGCUAAUGAAGAAAGACACCUUAUCAGAAGAGGAGACACAGUUCUACAUUUCUGAAACCGUGUUGGCCAUAGAUGCUAUUCACCAGCUGGGAUUCAUCCAUAGAGAUAUUAAACCAGAUAACCUUCUGCUGGAUGCUAAGGGUCAUGUAAAACUGUCUGAUUUUGGGCUAUGCACAGGUUUAAAGAAAGCUCAUAGAACUGAGUUCUACAGGAACCUUACACACAACCCACCAAGUGACUUCUCAUUUCAGAAUAUGAACUCAAAGAGAAAAGCAGAAACAUGGAAGAAAAACAGGCGACAGCUGGCAUAUUCUACUGUUGGGACCCCAGAUUACAUUGCACCAGAAGUAUUCAUGCAGACUGGGUACAACAAACUAUGUGACUGGUGGUCUUUGGGAGUGAUUAUGUAUGAAAUGCUAAUAGGGUAUCCACCUUUCUGCUCAGAAACACCACAAGAAACUUACAGGAAAGUUAUGAACUGGAAAGAAACUUUGGUAUUUCCUCCAGAGGUGCCCAUUUCAGAGAAAGCAAAGGAUUUAAUUCUAAGAUUUUGUACCGAUUCAGAAAACAGAAUUGGUAGUAAUGGAGUAGAGGAAAUAAAAAGUCACCCAUUUUUUGAAGGAGUGGACUGGGGACAUAUCAGGGAAAGACCAGCUGCGAUUCCAAUAGAAAUCAAAAGUAUUGAUGAUACAUCCAACUUCGAUGAAUUUCCUGAAUCUGAUAUUUUACAGCCAGUGCCAAACACAACGGAACCUGACUACAAAUCCAAAGACUGGGUUUUCCUCAAUUAUACCUACAAGAGGUUUGAAGGGCUUACACAGCGUGGCUCGAUCCCUACCUACAUGAAAGCUGGGAAAUUGUGAAACAGAACACAAACCCACGAAAAAUAAAAUUACAAACCUCAGGUAGCUGCAUCACCAGACCCGCUUGGCAUUAGUUAUCAAUAUAUUGACUCUGGUGCGCAUCAGUUUCACAAGGAAAUUCUACAGGAUUAGGAUUUCUAAGACUACUACUACUACAGGAAUUAGUUGGCAGUGCCAGCUGGCUUUUUUUUUUUUAAUAUUUGAAUAUUUUUGUUAACUUUAUUAUACAAAGGUACUGGAAUAAAAGGAACCAUACAUCCCUUUGUAACUGCACUGCCUAUGUGUGUAUAACAAUUAAUUACGCCUCUGUACUGUGGCUUUGUUUGUACUGUAACCCGUCUAAUCCACCCAGGAGUAAAACAUAUCAUUUUGUGCAGCAUUGUCGUUACACUGCUCACCUGGUGGGUUUUAGAUAUGCAGUAUAAAAAACCAUUGCCCACGUUUUCAAAAUCCUCUGUGCAGUUGCUCUAAGGGUAUUCCAGUUGUGGUCUGCAGGUGUCCCAUGAGCGUGGCAGCAGUGGAAUAUUUUAAAUAGCAGUGUCCUGUGGGGCCUACUGGUACACUCCCUGGUGUUGAUCCUCCCUGCUGGAGGGUUUCAUGAUCAGAUCAUCCCUUGUUCUGUGGGAUGUGGGCAGGGAGAUGGUCCCUUUGAUAUGCUUAAAAUGAUAGUUGGUGGGCCUUGUCAUUGAAGAUGAUGUUACUGUUUAUGAUGUUUGUACGUGUUGGCAAAUUCAGAAGAGAAAAAGGAAGAACAAUAAAGACUCUUAAUGGAGGAAAACUUUUUUCAGAUACCAAGUUCUGAAAAGAAAGCCAUUUCCAGGAUUGUUUUCUUGCCUCUUUUUUUUUUUUUUGAGACAAGUAAUCUUUUUGCUACUGAGAAUUCAAACAUCCUUUUCUGUCUGAGAAAAACUUAUCCUAGAGAAGUGAUGACAUUGCUGCUUUUUCCUUUUCAUCACCUUAAGAAGUUCCAGGCAGAAGGGAUCUCUUUGUACCCUUCUCUUUCCAGAAUACCUGCACCAGCCUCUGCCAAGCCAGAGGAAAUGGAGUGCCCUGCUAGACUCACUGUCCUGUAGGCUUUGUCUUCUUCUCGUGUCUCUCUCUGAUGUGAACCAUGGGAUUACAAGGGAUCAGCUGGGCCUGAAGACCAGUUACCAGGAAACAACCAACUGUGACUGAAUCAGGUGGAGAAUAUACUACCAUUCUUCUCAGUCUGCAGGACGGUGACAAACUGACAGCAGAGAUGAGUCAAGGAAAUGGAAGCAAAACCUCCCAUGUACUGGCUGUGAUUUUACUCAUCAGCUCAGAAGCUGUUCAGAACCAAACAGCAUUCCUUUAACAACUUGCUGGUAUCUGGUUGCUGGCAAAUGUUAUGUCUCUGCCUGUACUAGCAUAUUAUCUGCAGUGCUUUGAAUCUGUCUCAAUACAGUGGAGAUCUUUGAUGUCAUUUUCUGGUUACAAAAGGCUUACAGCAACGAACAAUUGACAAGUGAUUGAACAAGCAGAGUCACUGUUGCUGCAUUCCUCCUCUGGAAGCAAUGAAAGGCACUCUGGAGGCCUUGCAACACCCAUCAGAAUGAAGCACUGGAUGUUUUGUAGUGAUGUAGGGAUGUUUUGUAGGAUGUUUUGAUGAUGUGGUAGGGAGGACUCCAACUGACUGACUUUCAAGCGAAGUGGAAGUGUCUAUUUAUAAAACUAUCACAAAAAUAUUUAUUGCUGUUAGGCACCGUGGUGUCAGCUGUUCUGAAUUAUUUGUAUGCUUCAAAAACAUGCUGUGAACUGUUCAUCUGUUGCAUAAAAUUCCAUUUACCAGAAAGGUUUCUGUGCAUUAGUGGCUUACUGACCUGUGUGUUAUCUUCCCCGAUCCACCAGUUAUUACGUUUUUUAAGGGCUCCAGUGAUCUUUCCUCCAAUAUUUUAUCUCGCAUCAGGCAUCUGACAUCUGCUACUUAUGCUGAUUUUCCACAAAAAAAUUUAGUCUGCAGUUCAUUGAAGAGGAGUAUCCACUGCGUCAAAGUCCACCCAGUUAGCACAGUAUUGUGUCACGUUAUGGCUAAGCAAAACUUUGCUGAACAUUUAUGUUCAAUUUAAGCUAUUUUCCAUUUCCUUUCUUCCCAAAACUUAGAAUAUUUAACAUCACUUUACUCCUAUUGGGACAAGAUCCUUCUGGAAUUCUCUUGUGUUGUUCUUAGCCACGUUAACGUAGUGAGAGUAAUGUAGUGAGAGUCAACUGGAAUCCAUUCAGAAGUUGUCCACAAUCAGCAGCUCGUUUAAAUCCACCUCUGUACUCUGGGAUGUCUUUCUGCCUUGUAGAUUCUGAGGCAUCUAAGAGAGGGAAAUUAUUUGUCUGACAUUUGAUCUGUUCUACCAAGAAAGAGGAUCUUGGGCAGAAUAUAUACGAGGCACAAACUUGGCCCCAAAGGAUACUGCUAUUCAAAUGAGAAUUUUUCUUAGUUUUAAUUUCCAGUCUCAUUCGUGGGGCACUGCGCAGCAGAAGUGGAAUUCCUGUGAGCACUGCAUUUCAAAAGACCACAGUUACCCUAUUUGCCUAACAUAAAAAGAAGCCUUUGCUUGAGCUUGCUAAGACGAGAUAAAUCUCAUGGAAACUGCAAAUGCUCAGUAAUACUGGUGAUUUUUUUUUUUCCUGUGGGGUUUGAGGGAGGGCAAAUAAACACACGUUUAAUUUAAAGCUAUCUAUUAUACAACUGUGUCUGUACAUAUUCACUGGUUUACAAACUCGGGAAAAAGCUCAAUCCUUAUACUCGUAACACUAAAGAUAAUAAGCAUUUAAAAUUGAGGACGGUUAAUCAUAUCAGUGCUCACAUAGGAGUUAUAUCCUUCGGGAAACAGCCUGCAGCCUAUUUAGCAUAAAAUCCUGUAUCGUGGUAGUUGAAUUUAUUUUUUUGAAAACAUAGCAUUAUUUUAACCAAUAAGUCAAGUUAAACAAAAUAUUAACUACUGCUUUUAGGAAUAUAGAAUUUUUUUAAAGAUAAAACUGUGACACUGUAAUAGGUUAAAGAGAACAGAAGGUUAAUCUACACUGGCUUUCAGAAAAUGGAAGUGUGACAUAUCUCUUCCUUUGUUAUUUUUGUCUUACUUGUUUGGACGGUUGUUUUUUUUUUCUUCCUUUGGUGAUGUUAGUCACUGUGCCAUUUAUUUUUUGUAUUCUUGGAGUACCAAAGAUCCUGAAAUGGCUUGAUGAUUGCAACCAUGUCAAAAUUUAUUUUCUGGAAGUGAGUUUUGUUAACUUUGUUUAAAUGUGGAUUUAUGUGCACAAAUUGAUAUCAGAGGUUUGCUGGGAAGAUUGCAGCAGGGAAAACUUGAGUGCGUCAGCGGAAGGAGUGAGCCUGAAUCCGAAUUCUGGAUCUAAAUAUGCCAAAACGGAGGAGGAAGUUUGGAUCGGAAAACACAGCUGAGCUUUUGCACUUUGUUCCAUCUCUAAUCGGCGUGAGCGCGUGGCCUUGGGUACAGAACAGCAGCAGAGGUUGUUUCAAGUACAAAAGGAGUUUUUAAAAAAUUGCCAGCAUUCACAAAUCAAGUAUUGUUGAUACUGCAUUUGCACUGUUAAAUUUGCCUUGCUGGAGAGUUAUAUAAGUGUUAUUUUUAUAGGUCAAUUGUCAAACACCUGAGUCGUCGGAUACAGUAUGGAAUAACAGCGUGAUAUGGGUGAAUUCACCUAAGUGCAAAGGGGCUUGCUGAAAGCUCUCCACACUACUAAGAAGAAUGGGCGUAAGCAGUACAAGGGCGUUGUGUUGGCUCCUUGUAACGAGGUGACUUUCCUCCUCUGCGACAGCAAGUAGGGAAUACUGCUGUUUAGCCCGGUUAUACUGUAAUGCUUAGGAAGUGCUCUCACUUUUUCAGUAACAUGAGCAAUUACAAGCAUUGUAACAUACUGUACUUUGUCAUUUUAAUGUUGAUAUAUUACAGCAGCUUGUUCUUGGAGUCAAAAUGGCAACUGCUAUAUUUUUCCUAGACUAUUUCAUUAGUUGUGGUUGGGAAAGUUACAUAGAUGCAUUAUAAAAAUUUAUAUGAGGCUUUUUACAGCAUUUGAAAAUAAAAGUAGCAUUCUUUUUGUAGA